CACAGGUGAUGAAAUGUCGAGUGUAACUGUUCCGUCCUUGCAGUUAUUCCAGAGCUUGACGCCGGGAACAAUGGCUAGAUUGGCCGCACCGGGGCGGUCCCCUUCACUUCCGUCUUCCUCUGGAGUCAAUUCCACUCGCCAUUCCGGACUCACAGCGAAGCUCAACUGCUGCUCGCGUCAAUGUAGGGCCGAUUCGAUGAAUUUGACUGCCGGAACUUGGGAUCGGCCGCGCACCGGAGCUCCGGUCAGGGGCACAGGAGAGAAAAUCGAGGAUUAUUUACUAUGUGAUGGAGAGGAUACCGAUGGUUCCGUUGACAAGGAGGGUGAUAAUGCUUCACCAAAGGUUCCAGAACGAGACUUUACCGGCACCCCUUAUGUUCCUGUGUAUGUCAUGUUACCCCUGGGUGUCAUCGAUAUGCAAUGUAGGCUUGUGGAUCCUGACACUCUCAUAGACUACCUGCGGAUAUUGAAAUCAGUUAAUGUUGAUGGUGUUAUGGUGGACUGCUGGUGGGGUAUAGUAGAGGCAUUGUCUCCACAACAAUAUAAUUGGAAUGGUUACAGAACACUUUUUCAAAUUGUGCGUGACCUAAAGCUUAAACUACAGGUGGUUAUGUCAUUUCAUGAAUGUGGUGCAAAUAUAGGCGAUGACGUUCACAUUCCGCUUCCAGAGUGGGUCACAGAGAUUGGGCAGAAAAAUCCAGACAUAUUUUUUACAGAUAGAGAGGGACGAAGAAACCAUGAAUGUCUCACUUGGGGAAUUGACAAGGAGCGAGUUCUAAGAGGCCGAACUGCAGUUGAGGUUUAUUUUGACUACAUGAGAAGCUUUCGAGUAGAGUUUGAUGAGUUCUUCGAAGCUGGUGUCAUAUCUGAAAUUGAAAUUGGACUUGGGCCAUGUGGGGAGUUGAGAUUUCCUUCUUAUCCAGCCAAACAUGGUUGGAGGUAUCCUGGUAUUGGUGAAUUCCAGUGUUAUGAUAAGUACCUGAUGAAGAGCCUGAAAAGAGCUGCAGAUGUCAGGGGUCACACAUUUUGGGGUAAGGGUCCUGAUAAUGCAGGUUCAUAUAACUCCAGCCCACAUGAAACUGGGUUCUUUCGUGAUGGAGGUGACUAUGAUAGCUACUACGGCAGAUUCUUUCUGAAAUGGUACAGUCAAGUUCUGAUUGAUCAUGCUGACCGCGUUCUUUCCCUGGCAAAUUUGGCCUUUGAAGACACUGCAAUUGCUGCAAAGUUAUCAGGUAUUCAUUGGUGGUACAAGUCAGCUAGCCAUGCAGCUGAAUUGACUGCUGGGUUUUAUAACCCGUGCAACCGUGAUGGGUAUGCUCCAAUUGCAUUGAUGUUAAAGAAGCAUGAAACUGCUUUGAAUUUCACAUGUGUUGAGUUGCGUACAAUAAACCAGAAUGAGGACUUUCCUGAAGCUUUGGCUGAUCCUGAGGGGUUAGUUUGGCAGGUGCUAAAUUCUGCAUGGGAUGUAAACAUUCCAGUUGCUAGUGAGAAUGCACUUCCUUCCUAUGAUAAAGAAGGUUAUAACAAGAUUCUAGCAAAUGCAAAGCCCUGGAAUGAUCCAGAUGGAAGACACUUAUCGGCUUUUACAUACCUCAGGCUAAGCUCUGUUCUCAUGGAGAACCACAAUUUCCUUGAGUUUGAGAGGUUUUUAAAAAGAAUGCAUGGGGAACCAUUGUCCAAUUAGAAUUUGUUUGGGAAGGAAGAUUUUAGAGUAGACCCUACCUGGUAAACUGAGCUUGAAGAUAACAGUCAUCUGAGAUUGAAGAUAUGCAACAAUGGGCUAAGUAUGAAGAGAGCAUUAGCCCUCUGUUUGGUUAUAUACCCUAUGUUUGUAGAUAACAGGGGAGAAAAAAAACAAAAAAUGUUUGAGGAAUUAAAGCUUGAUUCUUGUUGUUGUUUUGUGUGUGUGUUUGGGAUAAAGGUCUUGUUGCUUGGUAUUUUUUUGGCUAUGGCUCAUCAGGCACAUAGCAAGGUAUGGAACACUUUGUAUGAUAAUUUGUCAAGAGGAUUGUGUAUUUGCAGCAAAAGCUGCAUUUUAGAUGCCAUUUUCAUAGUGAAGAGAUUCUAAAGAAUGAGGAGAUGCAAUCCCUAUUCCUAAUUGUCUAUCAUGUUGGUUAGUAAAUAAUUGAAAAGAAACACUUGAAAGAACU